GCAACCUACUUGACUUGGCUUACUUUGCUGACUCCGUCGGCUACAGGGGGAGCAUGGGUUCUUUAGGCCGGGAGCCAUGUAUUGGAUGUUUGAGGGAAACAUGCUUUUCACCUUGCCUGACCCUCAGGGCCGCAUUAGUUUCAGACCCGGUCAGGCUCAUUACUUAUAUGUUGGAUUUAGGCAAGAGCCUCAGCCUGACCCCCAGCCUCAGCCUGACCCACAGCCAGAGCCCCACCAGUACCAGCCAGAGCCUCGCACCUACUUUAGGAGGGGGCGUCGAGACGCGGGGAGGCCCCAGGGUGGCCCGGUAGUAGAUGAGGAGCAGGGGUCCAUUCAUGAGCGGUUGAGCAGACUUGAGCUCGGUUUCCAGGAGUUCGCAGCUGAUCACCAGAGGACCAUGUUCCCAUUCUACGAUCAGUAUGCCAGGCAGGGCUACAUUGCCCCAGAUUAUGAGCACCCCUCUGGUAUACCUAUCCCGUGGAGGGAUAUGGGGCUUCGGGUUCUAUGGGCACCUUCACACCUACCCAGUACGGAGGGUGGGGAGCGGGUCCUAGCGGGCAUGGUGGCAGAGAUGAUGGUGAUGAUGAUGAUGAUGAUGGCGGCCAUGGCCGUCACUGAUGAUGAUGAGGAUCGAGUUGGUUCGAUACCGCUUGAGCCAAUGAGGACAUUGUCUGAUUUGGUUUGAGGGGGUUUCACAUUACUUGCACAUUGUAGGUUUGAUUAUGAGAAAUUGGUCUUUUUAGACCCGUUUCAUGUUGAUCUAGGCCACUAUAUGAGCCCGAGGAAGUUCGGGACCUCCAUCGUCGACUUUCAGGAGCCUUGGAUGCUUAUGGUUGAGCCCCGAGAGUUAGACUCAGUGAUAUGGGCGAUUUAUAUUGAAGAUUGCAAAUCGCCCUGGAAGCUGAGGGCGAAAUGCAACCAUCGGGCGGAAUUGAAGCAAAUUUGACUCAUCGAUGCGCGCCCGAUCACGCGCAGCUCGCCCGAUCCGGAUCGGGCGGUCAUCCUGGAGCUUAUGUGUAGAGUUUGCAAUCCGCCCGAUCGGGCGGAUUUUGGCCCGAUCGGGCCGACUAUCGAGUGGAUCGCCCGAUCGGGCGACGCCAACCUCCAGCAGUUUUCGCGCAUUUACUUUCCGUUUUUUAGGCUUUAUUUUGGCAAACUAUAUAAACAAGCUUUAAUUAUUUUUAGAGGAGACCUUAUUUUCUAGUAUCAAACACUUAGUUUAUUUUCCUAAGCUUAGUUUUCUCUCUAAUUUGUCCCAAACACUUAGUUUUAUUUCCAGUCAAAAGUUCAAACUUUAUUGUUCCA